GCGAAUCUGUCAUGGCUGCUCACUGAUGCUACCUGCAGCACAUGGGCAGAUAUAAACAAAUUAUUACAAUUGAAAUAUAAACGCGGUCAUUAUAACAGUAAAGAUAUAAAUCGGAAAUUCAGUUUUCUUCUCACUCUGGUCAAAAAGUGCAAUAGACGUCAUCAGAAUAAACUUGCUUUUGACGUUUAAGAUGGUGCGGGACGUAGAGAUUCCCGUGCUCCGAGGUUUUCUGACAGCAAGCGAGGCAGCGGAAUGGAAGCAGAAUAUUUUCAGCUCUGCAGAGGCGGGCUCUCUGCUCAAGUGCUUAUUGGACGGGGACUACGAGGCGGUGCUGCUGAGUCCACAGGUGCUGGACCUCCUGGGUGGGGCCAGCGGGGAGGGCAAAGGCAUCGAGGCCCACCUGGAGAAGCAGGUCCUGGCCUACCUGGCCGACCGCACGGAGGAUGACAAGGCAGACAGGGAGGCGGUUCUGCUGGCCCUGGCUGUCGCCUGUCUGCACCUGUUUGUCCAGAGCAACUGGACCGGACCCCCGGUCACCAUCCAUGUGGCUGACCUUCUGCACCCAGCCCUGCUCGAUCAGUUCACCGAGCCCCAGGCCCUGACAGACGCCCUCCUGGACAGCCUGCUUCUGGAUGGGGAAUCGGUCUACAGCCUGGUGGCCAACCCCUUCCUCCUGCUUCUGGUCAGAGUCCUACUGGUCAACUGCUCUUCUAAAAUGGACAGCCUCCAGCUGCUGCCGUGGUGGACCCUGCGCUAUCUGAACGUCCACCAGCAAAUCCUGGAGGAGCGCUCCCCUCAGCUCCUCAACCUGGCUCACGGCUGCUUGGAGAAAGUGAUGAAGUGCGAGUCUCUGUUUCUGGCCGGAGUCAACCGAUGCCUGGCCAUGCAGUUCCACCUGGAGCGUGGCUACACCAGCCUCACCUACUACGAGUACCAGCAGGCGAAGGAGAGCUUUCAGCGGGCCAAGGAACUCUCAGGCCUGGAAGUGAACAUGACUGGUGCCCUGGGCAAGAGGACCCGCUUCCAGGAGAGCUUCCUGGCCCAGCUCAUCCUGGAGGUCAAGCGCAAGGACAUCCAGGAGUCUGACCCUGACCGGACCCCCACCCCCACCCCACUGGCCAGCCUGCCAAAGGACCAUGACCUGGGCGAUGACACAGUGCUGAACCAAAUCAACCUGGCAGAGCCGGGUCAGCACCAGCUGCCUGACCUGAGUGCUGAGGAGCAGGCUGUCAUUCUGGGCAUCUGCACCGAUUUUCAGAAGAACAACCCCGUCCACAAACUGACUGAGGAGGAGCUCCUGGCCUUCACUUCAUGCAUCCUGGCCCAGCCCAAGUUCUGGGCAGUGGAGGUGACGGCCCUGUGCCUCAGGACCAAGCUGGAGCGAGGCAGUGGCAGGAGGGUGGAGAGGGCCAUGAUGCAGACACAGACUAUAGUGGACCACUUUGAGACCCAGGGCUGCCCUGUGAUGGAGCGUCUCAAAGCCUUCUACUGUUGUCAAGCCCCACCCAGAUGGGCCGUCCAGAAACAGCUGGCCAGCCUGUUGACCGACCUGGGCUGCACCAGCUCAGCUCUGCUCAUCUACGAGAAGCUGGAGAUGUGGGAGGAUGCUGUCAUCUGCCUAGAGAGGAUGGGCCACCAUGGCAAGGCGGAGGAGAUCUUGCGGAGGGAGCUGGAGAAGAAGGAGACCCCCAGCCUGUACUGCCUGCUGGGGGACGUCCUGCGGGAGCACCCGCACUACGACCGGGCCUGGGAGCUGUCGGGCAGGAGGAGCGCCCGCGCCAUGCGCUCCAAGGCCCUGCUCCACCUGCGCGCCAAGGAGUUCCAGCAGUGUGCCGAGUGCUUCGAGCAAUCGCUCCGCAUCAACCCCAUGCAGCUCGGUGUGUGGUUCUCCCUGGGCUGUGCCCACUUUGCCCUGGAGGGCUACGAGGGAGCUGCCAAGGCCUUUAAGAGGUGUGUGGGACUGGAGCCAGAUAACGCAGAGGCGUGGAACAACCUCUCCACAGCCUACAUUCGCCUGCGCCAGAAGAACAAGGCCUUCCGAACGCUGCAAGAGGCUCUCAAGUGUAACUACGAGCACUGGCAGAUCUGGGAGAACUUCCUCCCCGUGUGCAUCGACGUGGGCGAGUUCGCCGAGGGCAUCAAGGCCUACCACCGCCUCAUGGACCUCAGGGACAAAUACAAAGACGUACAGAUCCUGGAGAUCCUGGUGCGGGCGGUGGUGGAGGACCUCCGAGACAGCCAUGGGGAGACGAGUUCUUCCCUGCGCUCCAAAGUCCAGGAGCUCCUGGGCCGCGCCACUGCCCGCCACCCCACCGACGGCCAGAUGUGGCUGCAGUACGCCAAGAUCUACGGCGACGGGCACAGCGCCGACGCAGACGACAACGACAAGGCGUUGCAGUUCCUCUCCAAGGCCCACCGGUGUGAGAUGCAAGCCAGCGGCUGGGAAAAGGACACGGGGACCUUCAAGGAGGUGAUCAGGAGGGCCAUAGACAUGGGCACCGUCUGCGUCAGCUGCAGUACGACGAAGAGCCGUCCCCAGGAGGCCCUGCCGAUGCUGUCGUCUGCUCGCCUCAGCCUGAGGAGUCUAGCCACCAAAGCCAAGCAACUUCACACUGACGUCACUACAGGAGAUCUCCAUGACGACCUGAAGGGCGACGUUGAAGAACUGGAGAAGCUCAUCGCUGAGCUGCAGGACCUUGGCGGACAACUGCGUGGGCAAUCGGCAUGAUUAUUCCCCUACACACCCCUUUUUUUAAACUCUAGCCAGCCUAUCAUUAAAUGGACAGUCCUCUCCUCACUCUGUUAAAAAUCAUGAUGAUAAUAAUAAUAACAAUACAGUCAAUAUCUCUUAAGAGCCACACAUCUCCAGUUGAACAAACCUAAAAAAAGAACCUUCCGGAAUUGCCUCGAAAUUGCUCAUGCCUUUUCUAUAAAGUUGCCUUACUUGCCCGCCCCUCCGCCCGCCCGCCCGCUCGCUCUGAGAGCUGAGAGCCCAGCGAGGUGGGGAAGCUCGGUGGGCCG